GAGCCGAAUCUCCUUUUACUGCUGCCGGCCCUGUGCUCCCAGGUGUGUCCAAUUUAGCACCUUCGUUGAAAAGUUGACUCCUGCGCCUUUGAAGGAGGCGAUCCGCGUCAAGUUCUCCCUCCGGACUGUCUGUCAUGGAGGGGGAGCUUUUCUUGGAAGGGCAACCCCCGGACUUUUCCGUCCUGCAGGAACUGCUCUGCCCACCUUGCCUGGAGUCCGAGUCUAGUUGCAAUCCGGCCUCCGCUUCAGGGGACUUCGGGUCAGCAACAGCCGCGGCUAGAGAAUUCAGGUUUGAGCCUUUCAGCAACAUGGCUUGUUGCCUUCAGAUGCCAGAUAGCAAAGCCCUCAGCUUCCUGCAGGAGAGUACCCAGCUGCUGUCCCAAGCAGAGCCAAUCAGCAGUAACCCAGGAAAGCCUCUAUGGCAGCUAAGCCGAGGGAUGCAUUCCAUCCACAGCAUCCGUGGACCCCAAUGCAACUGUUUCCACAGCGUCCGUGGACUCCAGUGCAACUGUUUCUCCUCUCCCCUAGUGCCUUUUGCUCCCACGGAUGCUCUGAAUCUCAUCAGCCUCCAUUGCUCCAGCCUUGAGUCAGAACCUCUAGAUCAGGUCAAGCCCCCAGAAGCUGGGGAAAUUGCUCAUAAGAGGUCUCCCAUUACCCACUCUAAAGACCAUAGUAGUCACCUGCUGGGGCGAGCUUGUGUGGAAGAGACCAGACUGACCCAACUCUCUGAGUCACAAAGAGGCAGGAGGAGAGUCUUCCGCAAACAGCCUAAACCCAGAAGGAGCUAUGAUGCUCUGGACCCAAAUUUCCAAGGGGUGACACUCCACAUGAAAUUGUAUCUGUGUCAAAGCUCUUCAGAGGGCUGUCGUCUUAUCAUUAACCCCCAAUUCAGCAGUGGAAAACCUAGGAAAAGAAGUGGAGUUCCUUUGGCAGAAGAGUGCAAAACUGGCAGUUUGGAAGAGGAAGGAUUCGUCCCGGCACACAGAAAUAAGCGUUGUGCUUCCUGCAAGACAAGAAAAACCCCACUAUGGAGAGAUGCUGAAGAUGGGACCCCUCUGUGUAAUGCUUGCGGCAUUAGGUACAAAAAGUACAGAAUAAGAUGUUUUCACUGCUGGAGUAUUCCAAAGCAUGGUGGGAAACCUUACCCACAUUGUUCCAACUGUGGAGGGAAGUUGGGUGUGGUAGCUGCCCAGCAGAAACCUGGAAGAAGGUAAAAAGAGCUGGGGAGAAGGAAAGCUUUGAUUGUUCAGAAUAGGUUGUGUUCACUUGAGGUUGAUUUAUGAAAUGUGGGCUGUAUUACAACAUUUAGUUUAGGUUCUGAUCUGAUUAUUUGAAAAACAGAUCAGUUCAUCCGAAUUAAUAACAGAUCACUUGAUUGGUAAUAAGUUAUCACUAUUCAGCUAAAAUAAAUAUCUACGUAAAAACAAAAGACCUUCUAAUUUUCAAUGUCCCAACUAAUUAAUUCAUAAUUUUAGCAACUGGAUAAUGAAAUUCUCUUUUAAAUUCCCCUUUAAAAUCUUUUCUAUUGGGAAGAGAUUGGUGACACAUUUUUUUUUAAAAAAUCCAUGUUUAUGGCAUUUUAACUGAAUUGUAUUUCUAUGUAAAAAAUAAAUCAGCUCUCCAUCCUGCAGCAAUUAAGAACAUAAAUAGGAGUUUCUAACAUAAGCAUUUCUUUUAAAAAUUAACAAUUUUCAAUAUUCAAAAGUUAUUGUGUCAUGUUUAGAGAUAAAUUAUGAAUUGUAGAUUUGUCUAAAGAUAAAUCCAUUUUAGAUUAUAGUGUCUCUCUGUCUGUGUGUGUUAUGCUAACUCUCCAGAGUUAUUCAGUUUUGUUGUAACAUGAAGAUGGAUAAAAAGAAAUAUAUUUGAAUCCUCUGCACUCCAAUGUCGCUAACUUUUUUUUAAAGGAAAAUGAAGGGAGAGACAAGAUCAAAGCUGAUUUUCAUAGCAAUACAAUGUAUUAAGAGCUGGAGGUAACUUUUACAUAUAAAUGCAAAAUGUCAAACCCAGCUGAACAUUUUUUUUUCAUUCCUGGAUAAAUUUGGCUCUUCUCUUUCUGUGCCGAAAGAGAAUUAUAUGUCCAGAAAUCAGUCCUUUUUUUUUUUUAGAUCCACUGAAAGCUAUAGUGAAGCUAAAGUUGCUUAGCUAGGCAGAAUAACAUUAUAAGCUGAAGAAAGCCAGGGAAAAAUGUAUUUGAUCUACUUAUCCAUAUAUUUUUCCUCCACACUAGUGCCCUAAAUACGUAGCACUCCCUUAGCCAUGUUUUGAUGAAUCCAGAACAACUCUGUGUCAUCUAGAUUAUGCAUCACUUUAUUUUUCUUCUUUCUCUCCAUGCUUGAUAGAAGUCCCUACUAUAAAAUUUUAAUCACAACUGGAAAUAUAUUAUCUGAAUCCCAGCUUUACCUAUUGCAAAUGAAGAAAGAUCAGUUUGUCAAGGUCAGCCCUAUCUAGUUCAAUAUGUGCUCAGUCACCAGAACUCUCAGGAAUCAUAGACCUGUCAGCCUUCCUUUAAAAUAAAUAAAUAAAUGAGGCCUAGAAUCUCCAGUUUGAGGAACAAAUAUGAAAUUCCCAAAUGUGGUUGAUUAGUUCAGUAGCAUGAAAGUGAAUUCCAAACUCUGAUAAAGUAUAUUCCUAUGUCCCAACUCAUUGUCAAGGUCUUUCCUCACAGACCCCUCUGUCACCCUCAGUCUUGAGACUCCUCCCAAUAUUUUCAGGUUGAAAGAUAGAACAAUACUUGGUAGUAAAAUGUCUGCUUUAUAGGAACACCAUAUUAUACAUUCAUAGACAAUUGCUUUCUUCACUGGAAGUCCCAGUGCAAAGGUCUGUGCACAAACUUGCAUGAACAGAGAACAUUAAAAACCAGUGGCUGUAAUAAUUAAAAUAUUAAAGUGGUACUUGGAAGACUCAAGUAUUCAAGUCCACUUUCAGCCAUGGACGCUCACUGGGUGAAUUUGUGUCAGUCACUGUCUCUCACCCCAACUUAUAGGUUCUCCACAGUGUGGAAAAAUGAGAGGAGGGAAUGCUACUUGGGAUGUAAAUCAUCAAAUACAGUAAUGAACCAGAAAAUACCUCUAAGGGGAAUUUGGCCUGAACCUUUUGAAGGAUAUUGCUGCUUCGACACUGCAAAGAGGAGUGUGUUGCUUGCCACAUUAUGUUUCUUGAAGUAAUCGACUUAGGUCAGGGGUCCUCCCACCCUGAGCCAUGGCAUGCCAGGAACCGGACCACGCAAACAAGAGAAGCCCCAUCCAUGUAAUGUAGGCAGCAUGCGAAACCACGCCUCCUCUGGUCCACAGAAAAAUCUCUCUCCACAGAAUUGGUCCCUGGUGCCCAAAAGGUUGGGGGUGAUGGCGGCGCUGUCUUAGGUGAUUU